AUGUCAUUUUUCAGUCGAUUAUUUAAAUUUCGAAUUUUCAAAUUUCGUACAACUCUUAGUGAAGAACUUGAUGAUCUUCAUAGUGAAUUAACUCAUUUGCAACAGACUUUAAUUCAAACACGUUUACGUCAACAACGAUGGACAAAGUGGUUUGCUAUUUAUGCAAUUCUUGCUUUUUUGAUUGUGAAUAUUUCGUAUUAUACAUUUUUUCUUCCACAAGAUUUUAUUACUCAAAUUUAUUCAUUUUUAAUAUCUAUAACAAUUGGAAUUUUAUUAUAUUGUAUUCAUUGGAUAAUUCGUUGGUAUUUUCAAGAAAAAUUAGAAUUAUUUAAAGAACGAAAACAAGAAUUAAUCGAAGAAGUAAAAAAUAAAGAAACAUAUGCAGUAGCUAAAAAUCUUUUGGAAAAAUAUGGUGAAAAAUUAACACCAGAAGUUCGAUCACCAAUAAUUAAUGAUCAACAUUCACGUACAUCACUCAAACCAACAAUAUCGAGUGCUGAAAAGCCACCUGUUUCUGUCGUUUCACCUAAUCCCGGUUCAUUCGAAAAUGAUAAUCAACUUCUACAAACACCAAUACGUGAAGGAUCAACUCGUUUAGCUGCUGGUGUUACACCGGGUAAAUUACCACGAACAAUUCUACCACCUCAGCGUACAAUUUGGGGUGCAAUUCUUGAUACAAUUGUAGGAGAUGGUCCAUCAAAACGUUAUGCAUUGAUCUGUAAAUCAUGCAAUAGUCAUAAUGGCAUGGCAUUAGAAGAAGAAUUCGAAUAUUUAUCAUUUCGCUGUGCAUAUUGUAAUUAUUUUAAUGGCGCGCGUAAACAUAAACCUGUUUUUAAUUCUGAUUUAUUCAGUACUAAUCAAACACAAAAUGAAAAUAAUAUUGAACGUAUGGAAAUAUCUGCAACAGAUUCAUCGGAUUCUACUGAUCCAGUAAAUGAAUCUAGAAUAACACGUCGAUCAAUACGUGUUCCAAUAGCCAAUAAAAAUGAAAUUCGUUCUCGAUCAAUAUCAGUUGACAAUAAACGUCAACGAAAUCCCGAAAUAUCAUCAUCAGAAGAAAGUUUAUCAGAAAAAAAUAAAUAA